UAUUUGAUAUAGUAGGAGAGUGUAUUUGACCCUUUUUCCUUUAUUUUUUAUAGUGGGGUCACAUGGAGUCAUAUGGUUCUUUAAAUUUUUGCUAUAUCCACUCUUGGGAUUUAAAAAAACUGGUUCUUCUCUGAUAACCUGCACUUCCGUUCACAGAAGAUACUCCUAUUUCAAGAAUAAGCCCCACAGAAAUGGCACUGAAUUCAGUCUCUUUAAUGAUACCUAUAAAAUCCAAGGAUAUCUCUUCUUCGUCUUCUUCUCUACUUAAGCCUCCUGUCGUUGCCUUUCAAUCUCCUUCGAGCAUUUCUCCGCUUGGUUUGGCUGUGGGGAAAGAGCCAAAGAUUUGGAGAGCAAUUGUCUCAACUGCAUUGGCAGCUGCAGUGAUCACAUUGGGCCCCAAUGAGAUGUCUGCCAUGGCUGAUCUCAACAAGUUUGAAGCUGCACAACGUGGGGAAUUCGGGAUAGGAUCAGCCGCGCAAUUUGGUUCUGCAGACCUCAGAAAAGCUGUUCACGUGAAAGAGAAUUUCAGGAGAGCAAAUUUCACAGCUGCUGACAUGAGAGAGUCAGAUUUUACCGGAUCAACAUUCAAUGGGGCAUAUCUGGAGAAAGCAGUUGCUUACAAAGCUAAUUUCACAGGUGCGGAUUUGAGUGACACAUUGAUGGAUCGCAUGGUUCUGAAUGAGGCCAAUCUCACAAAUGCUGUACUUGUUCGAUCAGUUCUUACUAGGAGUGACUUGGCAGGUGCCAUAAUUCAAGGGGCUGAUUUUAGUGAUUCAGUUAUUGACCUCCCGCAAAAGCAGGCUCUUUGUAGGUAUGCAAGUGGGACAAAUCCGGUGACAGGGGUUAGCACCAGAAAAAGUCUUGGUUGUGGCAAUGGCCGAAGAAAUGCUUAUGGCAGCCCAUCUUCCCCUUUGCUAAGUGCUCCCCCGCCCAAACUGCUUGAUCGCGAUGGAUUUUGUGAUGAAGGCACUGGACUUUGCAACUCCAAGUAACUGAUCUCAAAUUGUAAACAAAAGUUCUGUAAAUUUUGCAUAGCUUUUCACCACAACUAUGCAAGUAUGGUUCAUCUCCAUGACUACUACAGAGAUCUCCAUGUGAGAAAGAGACAUGAUCCUUGGACCAAAAUGCUCAUCACUUAUUAUUUGGUUAUCUUAGACAAUCAUUUUGAUCAUCUGCUUUCUUUGUUUUUUUUCACCAUGUGAUGAAGGCACUGGACUUUGCAACUCCAAGUAAAUGUUCUCAAACUGUAAACAAAAGUUCUGUAAAUUUUGCAUAGCUUUUCACCAUAACUAUGCAAGUAUGGUUCAUCUCCAUUACUACUACAGAGAUCUCCAAGUGAGAAAGAGACAUGAUCCUUGGAUCAAAAUGCUCAUCACUUAUUAUUUGGUUAUCUUAGACAAUCAUUUUGAUAAUCUGCUUUCUUUGUUUUUGCUUUUCACCAUAAAACAAU